GACGGACGACGAAGACGUUAGUUUCGCUUCCGUCCGUCCUCGAAAGAGGGAUAUCUAUGGUGCGCCAUCCGUUCUCGUGCAGCCUGGCCGGCCGAGUGAGUGGGGAGGCGAGAACACCAUUGCUCGCUGUAUCAGUGCCUCUGAUUGGCGAGACGGCUCGGGAUAUCUCUGCCUUCUUCUUCUUCUUCUUCUUCUUCUUCUUCUUUGGUAUCCGUAUGGCCGGCAGAGUGAGUGGGGAGGUGAGACCACCGCGGUAUCGGUGCCUCCGAUUAGCUCGUAGGGCGAGAAAGGGAGACGGCGCGAGAAUUUACACUUUUUGCGAGACGGGCGGCUGAAUGAUCAUUCUCUACCUCUGUUCUUCGCUUCGAGUCAGCACACAGCAGAAAGAGCUCUCCUCUCUCAGCUGUUUGCGUCAGUUGUGAUUCGCGAAGUCUCUGUCACAUCGAUUCCGCCUCAUCGUGUUGUCCCUGCCUGUGCGAAGAUGGCAGUGGCGGUGACGAGCAUCGACUCGCUGUUCGACGAGGUGGCGGAGGAGAUGGCGGAGGAGGGAAUGGGAAACCAGCAGUCAGGAGGUCUGCAGCCAGCGUCAGGCAAGCAUUUCUUCCUCAGAGGGCGCACUCGGUGCACGUGCACUGAAUUUCCGUUCUUCCUCCCCCCGACCGCCUCGCCCGCGUUGCAUCUGAAGAGGACCUCAGGGAGGUAAUUGCGGCGCACCUGCAGGCUAACCUGCGACACCUGCAAGGCCAAGCAGGUGAGCUUAAGAUGCCAGAAUAGGCUCUUGAAAUGCUCUUUGCCUCCCCUCCUCUGCUGUGUGGUGUACAACAGGCCGCGUGGCACCUCCGGCAGAUGUCGGAGCAGCUCGAGGUUGAGGUCUCCUACGCCAAGCCGGCCAAGGAGCAUAAGGUCAACAAUGCCCUGCCUGCCAUGGCGUCGGCAACCUCCCCACUACCCCCAAGUGCCCCCACCACGACCACGCAGAAGACGACCACCGGCCACACGGCCGGCAGCAAGACCAGCAGCGCAUGCCAGCUGCUGCAGACCGCCUGGGUGGCCGUCAAGGGGGUGUGGGAAGGGGUGAGCAAGAUGGUGGCCGGCUGCAGCUGCACCAACAUGACCACCGCCUCGCCCGCGUUGCAUCUGAAGAGGACCUCAGGGAGGUAAUUGCGGCGCACCUGCAGGCUAACCUGCGACACCUGCAAGGCCAAGCAGG